CACUUGCUCGCUUACUCUCCUCACAACACACCAAAAAAGAAUGAGAAGAUUGCCGCCUCUUUAACAAGAAUUAGACACCAAAGAAAGAGGAAAGGCAAAAGAGGGCAAAGAGAUGCUCUGUUCCGGUGGAAUAGUGAGACCCCCCUCGAAGCCGCUCGUCCCUCGCCAUCCGAGCUGGAGAUUCGCUCCGACGAGUAAGAUCCAGAGGCAGCAGCCGCCGGCGAUCUUGAGGUGGACGCCGAAGGCCUCGGGAGACGCCGAUGCUGCUGUCCCUUCUUCCUCCUCGGUCGACACGGCCGGCCCCGGUGAUUUGGCCGAGAAAAACCCCGCGGGCUUUUGUAUAAUCGAAGGACCUGAAACAGUUCAGGAUUUUGCAAAAAUGGAAUUGCAAGAAAUCCAAGACAACAUCAAAAGUCGUCGAAAUAAGAUCUUUUUGCACAUGGAGGAGGUUCGCAGGCUAAGGAUACAACAGAGAAUAAAAAAUGCUGAACUAGGAAUUUUUAACGAGAAACAAGAAAAUGAACUUCCUGAUUUCCCUUCAUUCAUACCCUUUCUGCCUCCCUUGACACCAGCAAAUCUGAAGGUGUACUAUGCUACAUGCUUCACUGUCAUUGGGGGGAUCAUCAUCUUUGGUGGCCUUCUUGCACCAACUCUGGAGCUCAAGUUGGGACUAGGGGGAACAUCUUAUGCAGAUUUUAUACGUAGUAUGCAUUUGCCAAUGCAACUAAGUCAGGUCGAUCCAAUAGUAGCAUCCUUCUCAGGUGGAGCGGUAGGAGUUAUAUCAGCUUUAAUGAUUGUUGAGAUCAACAAUGUCCAGCAACAGGAGCAAAAGCGUUGCAGAUACUGUUUAGGCACUGGUUAUCUCGCAUGUGCUCGCUGUUCAAGCACAGGAGCUCUUGUUUUAAUUCAGCCUGUCGCCACAGUCAAUGAUGGUGAUCAGCCUUUAUCGCCGCCUCGAACAGAGAGGUGCUCGAAUUGUUCAGGUUCAGGGAAGGUUAUGUGUCCGACGUGUCUCUGCACAGGGAUGGCUAUGGCCAGUGAGCAUGACCCACGGAUCGAUCCAUUCGAUUAGAUCAUGCAGGUCUCUUGUCAGUUCGGAUCCAUUCCUCCUACAUAACACCUGCAGUCCAUAUGUAAUGUAUACAGGCAAAAAAGAGAAGCUUCGUUGAGAAAGAAUGGGGAAGCUAACCGAGGUCCCUCCCUGAAUGCUGAACUCCGUGAUUAUAUUACGUUGCAGAUGGGUAAAACAUUAGAGUCUUGUUUACAGCGCGUAAGAUGAUGACCAAUGAUAUACAGAAUAAUGCUGAAGAUGCCUGACGUGUCUUGCAGUUGGACUGCGUGAAAAGACGUACUUGUCAUAUAAUAAUAAUUGGUCCUAAAGGACAUUAUAUA